AUGGCUGCCAACACCAUUUCGCUUUCCAUCUCCUCUACCUCCAGGAAUCUCAGCUCCCUUCAAACCCGUGUCUUGAUUCCUCCACGAACCAUUUGCUUCCCCUUAUCUUCUUCAAAGUCUAAACCUGGUGAAUUGUCUUUAUCUUCGACCACCAUCUCCAAGUCUCGUGUGCGAGCCGGUGCGAGCCAGCUGGUGAACGAACCGCUUAACGAGAAUCGCCCCAUGACUUCUCCCACAAUCGUCGAGGUUGAUUUGGGUAGCCGGAGUUAUCCGAUCUAUAUCGGCGCCGGGUUGCUCAAUCAGUCACAACUUCUUCAAAGGCAUGUUCACGGAAAGAGAGUCCUUGUGGUCACCAAUGAACGAGUUGCUCCUCUGUACCUGGACAAGACUGUAGAUGCUUUGACAAGAGGGAACCCGAACGUGACAGUGGAGAGUGUUAUCUUGCCUGAUGGAGAGAAAUACAAGGACAUGGAUACUCUCAUGAAAGUCUUUGACAAGGCGAUUGAGUCUCGCCUAGAUAGACGAUGCACAUUUGUUGCGCUUGGAGGCGGUGUGAUAGGCGAUAUGUGUGGAUAUGCUGCUGCUUCUUACCUACGUGGUGUUAAUUUCAUCCAAAUCCCCACCACUGUUAUGGCACAGGUUGAUUCUUCUGUAGGUGGCAAAACAGGCAUAAAUCAUCGUCUUGGAAAGAAUCUGAUCGGUGCAUUUUACCAACCACAGUGUGUGCUAGUUGACACUGACACGUUGAACACACUGCCAGAUAGGGAGAUGGCGUCAGGCCUAGCCGAAGUGAUCAAGUACGGGCUUAUCAGGGAUGCAGAGUUCUUUGAAUGGCAGGAGAAGAACAUUGAGGCGUUGCUGGCAAGGGAUCCGGCUGCAUUAGCUUAUGCUAUAAAGCGAUCAUGUCAAAACAAGGCGGAUGUUGUGUCACAAGAUGAGAAAGAAAGCGGCGUGCGAGCAACCCUGAAUUUGGGUCAUACAUUUGGCCAUGCCAUAGAAACUGGCUUCGGGUAUGGAGAGUGGCUCCAUGGAGAAGCUGUUGCAGCUGGCACGGUAAUGGCAGUGGACAUGUCGUAUCGUCUUGGUUGGAUCGACGACUCGAUCGUAGAGAGAGUGAACAACAUCUUAAAACGAGCGAAAUUGCCAACAACACCGCCAGAGAGCAUGACAGUGAGCAUGUUCAAGUCCAUAAUGGCGGUGGACAAGAAAGUGGCAGACGGACUGCUUAGGCUCAUUCUUCUGAAAGGCCCGCUGGGAAACUGCGUUUUCACUGGAGAUUAUGAUCGGGAGGCGUUGGAUGCCACGCUCCGUGCUUUCUCCAAAUCCUGA